AUGGCGCCGAGGAGGAAGGCCAAUCAAGCCGGCAUAUUUGCGACGGGUGUUCGAGGGAUCAUUCGGCGCCAUUCUUCUGCACGGCACAAUGAGGGCUUGUGUGCAAUGUCUGUUGCCACCCAGCCUCCCAUGAUCAAGCUCGCCAAGAAUAGCCACAGAACGGCCCAGGCCCGGCCUAGCAGUUCUCAGCGCGUCAUCUCACCCGUGUCCGAUGCUCAUCGACAUGCUGGCAACUCAAAUAUUGGCACUGCCUCUUUGAAGACUACAAGCGAGAUUCCAAGCGUCCUGGGCUACAGCAACAGGAGCAAGCUCGCCAGAAUUCUCUCCCAAGGCCAUCUAGCCGAGAACCGCCCCGUUCUCAUGGUAGUCGCCAUCCAACCAGACGUUGCUUUCACGAAUCUGACGGAGGGUUCUUCCCGUUGGUUCGCCGGAUAG